GAUAGGUACGAGUUGGCUACCAAAGUAAACGUUUGAUGAUUUAAUCAAUUUAUUUAGGGUAAUAAUUUAAGGCCUAUGUGGAGAUAUGUCUGUAUAUUUUAUACUUAUGUUGUGUUUGUCAUUUAAUCAACCUACUUAUAGUCCGCAACUGUGAGGACGGGGUUAUCAAGGAUAGUUUGGAGUUGGUAAAUGUUAUAAAUAAUAAAAAUAGUUCCUUAGACGAUUUAAUCGUUACUUAGUGCCGACUUGUCUAACGGCUAUCGCGUGCUUUAAUUUACCUACUCUGCUACCUGUUAGAUGUGAAAAAUGACAGUUCAACUGAAUAAAUUCUCAUUACAACAUUUUAAAUGUAAAUACAAACAAUUUCCUGAAGAAUUUAUGCUCGGUACUGCUUCUUCAGCAUACCAAAUCGAAGGUGCAUGGAAUGAUGAUGGAAAAACCGAGAGCAUAUGGGAUAGAGUCGCUCACACUAGACAAGAAUUAUUUGCUGACGAUUCAGAAGCGGAUGAUUCAAAAUUUCCAAAUGUCAAUAUGAUCUUAGAACAUAAAGUAUUGUGUGUAUUGAAAGGAGUGCCUAUGUACAGAGUAAAACCUAAACAAUUCUGUACAUCUAUUACUGGAGAUAUUGCUUGUAAUAGUUAUUAUAAAAUCGAUGAAGAUGUUAAGCUUCUUAAAGAUCUCAAGGUCCAAUCAUAUCGAUUUUCGUUAAGUUGGCCACGUAUUUUACCUAGAGGUGAAGAUAGUUACAUUAAUCCUGCUGGUGUUAAAUACUACAAUCAACUCAUUGAUAAAUUGCUUGAGAAUAAUAUAACACCUGUAGUGACAAUUUAUCAUUGGGAUUUGCCUCAGUGUAUACAAGAUUUGGGAGGGUGGUGUAACAAACAAAUAAUAGAAUUCUUUACCCUUUAUGUUCGAGUUGUUUUCAGAACGUUUGGCGAUCGUGUGAAGUAUUGGAUAACUAUUAAUGAACCUUAUUUAGUAUCAGAAAGCUACGGAAAUGAAACCGGAGCACCUGCAUUAAACAAAAGUGGUUUUGGGGAUUAUUUGGCCAUUCAUCACACACUAUUAGCACACGCAACUGCUUACCAUUUAUAUAACAGAGAAUUUAGACCUUUGCAAAAUGGUCAAAUAGGCAUUAGUCUAAACAUGGAAUGGUAUUAUCCAAAAAAUGUAAAUUCCUUAGAAGAUCAUUACGCUGCUCACCGGGCUCGUAUGUGGCAGUUUGGCAUUUUUGCUCAUCCGUUAUUUUUUGGAGACUACCCAGAAGAUGUAAAACAAGGAGUUAUGGAAAUUAAUCAAUCUAGUGGAAUAUCAUUGAAGCGACUGCUUGAUUUUAGUGAAAACGAAAAGUAUUUAAUCAAAGGAACUUUAGAUUUUUUGGGUAUCAAUCAUUAUUUUUCGGUACAUGCAACAAAGCUACAAUCAACUCAGAAUCAACCAUUAAAGACUCUAGAUUCUAAUUUCGAAUUAUCAUUAAUUGAAGAGAUUCCUUAUUCAAAUCCCACGUGGAUAAAAGAAACUCCCAAAGGCAUGCGUAAUUUGUUGUGUUGGAUUAGAGAUACAUACGGAAAUCCUAAGAUUAUUAUUACUGAAAACGGAGUUUCAGACAAAGGCCAAAACGAAGACGAGAAUGCAUUAAUUAAAAUAAAAUAUCAUUAUGGAUAUUUAAGUGCUGUUCUCGAUGCAAUAUACGAGGAUGGAUGUAAUGUGAUCGGCUAUCAAGUCUGGUCAUUUUUGGAUUCAUUAGAAUGGUUUUUUGGAUACAGAGAAAAAUUUGGAAUAUACAAAGUUGAUUUCGAUGACCAGAAUCGGUCUAGAUAUCCAAAGAAAUCAUUACAGUUUUUUAAACAGUUGUUUCAAACAAAAACCUUGCCCGAUGUAUUAGACGAUUUGUAUUGUGAAAAUAAAACAAUUGGAAAAUAGAUUUCGUUUCAGUUUGUAUUCAAAUAUUUCAAACUGCAGUUAAGUGAGAUAUGUAAUACGCUAUCUAUAUGCACUAGAUUUAUGUUAAAAAUU